GUACGAAAAACAUUCUUCACGUUAGCAUUCUGCGACUUUUGUCGAAAGCUGCUUUUCCAGGGAUUCCGGUGCCAGACAUGUGGCUACAAAUUUCACCAGCGCUGUAGUACAGAAGUGCCACUGAUGUGUGUUAAUUAUGACCAACUUGAUUUGCUGUUUGUGUCCAAGUUCUUUGAACAUCACCCCAUACCACAGGAGGAGGCCUCCUUAGGAGAGACCACCCCAGCAUCUGGAUCGUACCCCUCAGUGCCCCCCUCAGAUUCUGUUGGACCACCAAUUCUCCCUAGUCCUUCUCCUUCAAAAUCCAUUCCAAUCCCACAGCCCCUCCGACCAGCAGAUGAAGACCAUCGGAAUCAAUUUGGGCAACGCGACCGAUCCUCUUCAGCUCCCAAUGUUCACAUCAAUACAAUCGAGCCAGUCAAUAUUGAUGACUUGAUUAGAAACCAGAGUUUACGAGGAGAGGGAGCCCCUUUGAACCAGCUGAUGCGCUGUCUUCGGAAAUACCAAUCCCGGACUCCCAGUCCCCUCCUUCAUUCUGUCCCCAGUGAAAUAGUGUUUGAUUUUGAGCCUGGCCCAGUGUUCAGAGGCUCAACGGCAGGUUUGUCUGCAACACCUCCUGCCUCUUUGCCUGGGUCACUCACCAAUGUGAAAGCGUUACAGAAAUCACCAGGACCCCAACGGGAAAGGAAAUCAUCCUCAUCCUCAGAAGACAGAAAUAGAAUGAAAACUCUUGGUCGACGGGAUUCAAGUGAUGAUUGGGAGAUACCAGAUGGACAGAUCACAGUUGGACAAAGGAUAGGAUCUGGAUCAUUUGGAACAGUCUACAAAGGAAAGUGGCAUGGUGAUGUAGCAGUGAAAAUGUUGAAUGUUACGGCACCCACACCUCAACAGUUACAGGCUUUUAAAAAUGAAGUAGGAGUGCUCAGGAAAACACGACAUGUGAAUAUCCUGCUUUUUAUGGGUUAUUCAACAAAACCCCAGUUGGCUAUCGUUACACAAUGGUGUGAGGGAUCCAGCUUAUAUCACCAUCUACACAUCAUUGAGACCAAAUUUGAAAUGAUCAAACUAAUUGAUAUUGCACGACAGACUGCACAAGGCAUGGAUUAUUUGCAUGCCAAGUCAAUCAUCCACAGAGACCUCAAGAGUAAUAAUAUUUUUCUUCAUGAAGACCUCACAGUAAAAAUAGGUGAUUUUGGUCUAGCUACAGUGAAAUCACGAUGGAGUGGAUCCCAUCAGUUUGAACAGUUGUCUGGAUCUAUUCUAUGGAUGGCACCAGAAGUUAUUAGGAUGCAAGAUAAAAACCCAUAUAGCUUUCAGUCGGAUGUGUAUGCGUUUGGGAUUGUUCUUUACGAAUUGAUGACUGGACAGUUACCAUACUUAAACAUCAACAACAGGGACCAGAUAAUUUUUAUGGUGGGCCGAGGAUACCUAUCUCCAGACCUCAGCAAAGUACGGAGCAACUGUCCAAAAGCUAUGAAGAGACUAAUGGCAGAAUGCUUAAAAAAGAAAAGAGAUGAGAGACCCCUUUUUCCACAGAUUCUUGCCUCCAUUGAGCUUCUGGCCCGGUCAUUGCCAAAAAUUCACCGCAGUGCAUCUGAGCCCUCAUUAAACCGGGCUGGCUUCCAGACAGAGGAUUUUAGUCUAUAUGCUUGUGCUUCUCCAAAAACACCCAUCCAAGCAGGGGGAUACGGUGGGUUUCCAGUACACUGAAAAGAAAUGUGAAAGCGUGUGUCUGUGGGCUGGUGUGUUCCUGUGCGUGCAAACCGCGUGUACGUUCUCAGUUCCUACCAGCUAUGUUUUUAAGGUUUACUGAGGGGAUGAAGACUCAUUUCCUAACAGCGGGCAUCGAAUGUCCUGAGCACAAAGUCUGUGUUCGUAAGGAAUGCCCUGGGAACAGCUGGCACAAGAAGAAUUAAAAGGU